AUCCCACCAUCACCAACACCAACACCAACACCACACACCACCAACAACAACAACAACAAUAAGAAGCGGCGGAGGAAGGACGGAGACGACAACAACAGAGAUGAAGAUGAAACCAAGGAAGGGAAGAAGGGCUUGAAAGAGAUCCUCACUUCGUUUUUCUUGUUGGAAGAGCAAGACAGAUCGGACCAGAACGAAUGGGCAAAGGCUUCCCAGGUCGAGAAGCAACUCUUUGAGACCAAUCACAAACAGAAAACCCAAGCCAUGCUUGAUUACUAUUCUCACCUUCAAGAGUCUUACUCAGAGAUGGAGGAAUCCGAUGCCCACUUGCGUGCCAAGCGCUCCCGCCUCUCUGUCGCUGCUGCAGCUGCUGCCGUUGAUUCCGUUAAUUCCAAUCCCGAAGCCACCAUAACUUCCUCCGUCGGCAGUGGUGGUGCCGCCACCGGUCACCACCGCCGUCUCUGGGUCAAGGACCGCUCGAGGGCUUGGUGGGACAAGUGUAACCAUCCCGAUUUCCCGGAGAUCGAAUUCAAGCGCUCGUUUCGGAUGAGCAGGGCUACCUUCGAUUUCAUAUGUGACGAGCUCAAUUCGGUCGUCGCCAAGGAGGAUACCAUGCUUCGCGCUGCGAUCCCUGUUCACCAACGUGUCGCCGUCUGCAUAUGGAGGUUGGCCACUGGUGAGCCUCUCCGUCUCGUCUCUAAACGAUUCGGGUUGGGCAUAUCUACUUGCCAUAAACUGGUUCUGGAGGUCUGUUCCGCCAUUAAAACCGUUUUGAUGCCCAAGUUUCUUCAAUGGCCCGACGAAGAGUCCCUGAAGAAGAUCAAGGAUGAUUACGAAUCCAUUUCUGCAAUUCCAAAUGUGGUCGGCUCCAUGUACACUACCCAUAUCCCAAUUAUCGCUCCCAAGAUCAGUGUAGCCGCGUACUUCAAUAAGAGACACACAGAGCGUAACCAGAAGACUUCUUAUUCGAUUACGGUUCAGGGAGUUGUUGAUCAAAAAGGGGUGUUCACAGAUGUUUGCAUUGGGUGGCCUGGUUCAUUGCCUGAUGACCAAGUUCUCGAGAAAUCUGCUCUACACCAAAGGGCCAGUGAAGGACUCUUGAAGGGUGUUUGGAUUGUUGGGAGCUCUGGGUAUCCUCUAAUGGAUUGGGUCUUGGUGCCUUACACCCACCAGCAUCUAACCUGGACCCAACACGCCUUCAAUGAGAAAAUUGGGGAGAUUCAACGAAUUUCUAAGGAUGCCUUUUCGAGAUUGAAGGGUAGAUGGUGUUGCUUACAGAAGCGAACAGAGGUGAAGCUUCAGGAUUUGCCUGUGGUUCUUGGUGCUUGUUGCGUCCUGCACAACAUCUGCGAGAUGAGGAAUGAAGAAAUGGAUCCAGAGCUCAAGUUUGAGCUUAAUGAUGAUGAGGUCGUCCCUGAAAACUGUCUAAGAUCCGUGAGUUCCAUGCAUACUAGGGAUAGCAUUGCUCAUAAUCUCCUCCACCAUGGCCUUGCAGGCACUGCUUUUUUGUAGUUCAAACAAAAGGAGAAAAUUUUAUUUAUUUUUGACUGAUUAGAAGAAUUUUAAUUCUUUGAGUUUGUCUCUGUAUAGCAUUCUUUUGAUUCCCGAACAGAUAAAUGGAUAGAUUUUUUUCUAGGCUGGAGCUUUCAUUGUUGAUCAUAGAGAGUUACAGACUUGAAUAUGUAUCUCAGAUUCCAUACAUCAAUGCAAUCACCCAUGAAAAUCUUUUGAGAUUCAAGCACAUCUGUUUUGUUA